UCAUUCUCCAGGACUUCACACGCUGCCAAAUGUUUGUUUGGUUACCCCUGGAUUUGUUGGUGGUUUCCACUGGGAAUUGGACAGAAAAGGAGAGCGGGAUAUAAUCUAGAAAGUCCAUCAGGCGUUGCUUAUGGCCACAAGGGGGAGCCCAAGUCCGAACAUGGGAAGAUCGGAUUGAUUUCGCAUAGAGUCUCAUAAACUCUCUCUUUUCCUCUAAGCUUGCACCUGUUAUGUCCAAGAUCUGGCACCUGCCUGACAAUUACUUUGAGUUCCAUAGGACCAGAGACCUAGGAUGAGGAGCACUGGCUUUGCCCUGAACCUGCUUUUGAUAUCACCACUCUUCUUAGUGUGGACAGUGGUCGCCCUCGACCUAGGACAAACUCCUUGCACCACCCUGGUCCAGGGGAAAUUCUUCGGGUAUUUCUCUUCCUUUGCUGUCUUCCCAUUGAACUCCUCUCUGUGCUCUUGGAUUAUCCAGAAUCCGGACCCUAGGAGGUACACCUUGUACAUGAAGGUCUUGAAACCCACUGGCAUAUGUGACCACCAGCCGAUACGCACCUACCAGUUCGACUCUUUCCUGGAGUCCACCCGCACUUACCUGGGCAUGGAGAGCUUCGACGAUGUGCUAAAACUGUGUGACAGUUCCACUAGGUACUCCUUCCUCCAGUCCAACAAGCAGUUCCUCCAGAUGAAGCAGACCAUGUCCCCGGCAGAAGAUGGGCACGUGCGACGGAAGCCCACCAAGGCUCAGGAGCGGGACUUCUCAGUGGAGUACCUGGUGGUGGGCAACAGGAGCCCUAGCAAAGCUGCCUGCCAGAUGCUCUGCCAGUGGCUGGACACCUGCCUGUCCACCAGCAGCAGCUCCCACCCCUGUGGCAUCAUGCAGACUCCUUGCUCUUGCUCCGGAGGGGAGGUGCUGGAUCAGCCCAGUGAGAUGUUGGGGCUACCCAAGAAGAAGGAAGAUUGUUUUAAGGAUGGGAUUUAUUUGGAAAACUGCCUGAGCAGCCCGAAAGACAGCAGCCAGGUGGAGUUCCUAGGUGGCUGGAACCCUUGGUCCACUUGGGGAGACUGUACUCGAGAUUGUGGGGGUGGUCUCCAGACACGCACCCGAAUCUGCCGGCCCAUUCCCAACGAAGGCCUUAUCUGCGAAGGAGUGCUGGAGGAAGGAAGACUGUGCAAUAGAAAAGCAUGCAAUACCAAUGGACGCUAUAAUUCCAGAAGCCAGUCGCUGAGGUCCACUGAUAACAGAAAGCGCGAGGAUGCUGACGAACUGCAGCAGUAUGGAUACCCUGCACCUCAAAUAGGUGACCCUGCAGCAGAGGAGUGGUCCCCGUGGAGCGUGUGUUCGACCACCUGUGGGGAGGGCUGGCAAACCAGGACCAGGUUCUGUGUGUCGUCUUCCUACAGCACGCAGUGCAGCGGCCCUCUCCGGGAGCAGAGACAGUGCAACAACUCCGCCGUCUGCCCAGUGCAUGGCACUUGGGACGAGUGGUCUCCAUGGAGUCUGUGCUCCUCAACGUGUGGGCGGGGGUACAGGGAUCGAACCCGCACCUGCAAACCCCCUCAGUUUGGUGGAAACCCCUGCGAGGGACCUGAAAAACAAACUAAGUUCUGCAACAUUGCACUUUGCCCAGUGGAUGGGAACUGGAAUGAGUGGUCGAGCUGGAGUUCCUGUUCUACGACCUGCUCCAAUGGUACCCAGCAGCGGACGCGGGAGUGCAACGGACCCUCCUAUGGGGGAGCAGAGUGCCAGGGGCACUGGGUGGAGACCAGAGAUUGCUUCCUAAGGCAGUGUCCAGUGGACGGAAAGUGGCAGGCAUGGGGACCUUGGGGGAGCUGUACGACCUCAUGCGGGGGCGGGACGCAGAGACGCGACCGUGUAUGCUACGGCCCCUUCUUCGGGGGAGACUCUUGUCAGGGGCCCAAGGAGGAGUAUAAGCAGUGUAAUGACAAGAAGUGUCCUGAGCCCCAUGAAAUAUGUGAUGAAGAUAACUUUGCUUCCGUGGUUUGGAAGGAAACGCCUGCCGGAGAUGCUGCGGCUGUCCGGUGUCCUCGCAAUGCCACUGGGUUGAUCCUGCGAAGAUGCACUUUAGAUGAAGAGGGGAUAGCGUACUGGGAGACUCCGACCUACAUCAAGUGUGUUUCCAUUGACUACAGGAAUAUACAGAUGAUGACAAGGGAGCAUCUCUCCAAAGCCCAGCGAGGGUUGAUGGGAGAAGGGGUAUCUGAAGUGCUCCAAAACCUCGUGGAGAUCUCCCAGGAUGGGACCAGCUACAGUGGAGACCUGCUGUCCACUAUCGAUGUACUCAGGAAUAUGACCGAGAUCUUCCGUAGGGCGUAUUAUAGCCCUGCUGCUGGGGAUGUACAGAACUUCGUCCAGAUUAUUAGCAACUUGCUGUCAGAGGAAAACCGGGACAAGUGGGAGGAAGCUCAGAUGAUGGGACCAAAUGCUAAGGAGCUGUUCAGGCUUGUGGAGGAUUUCAUUGAUGUCAUUGGAUUUCGCAUGAAAGAUUUCCGGGAUUCCUACCAAGUGACGGACAAUCUAGUCCUCAGCAUCCACAAAGUCCCCGCCAGUGCAGCCACUGACAUCAGCUUCCCCAUGAAAGGUUGGAGGGGCAUGGUGGACUGGGCCAGGACCUCCGAGGACAAGGUCACCAUCUCCAAGAGCAUCCUCUCUACGGGGCUAGCAGAGACAGACGACUCGUCCGUCUUCGUGGUGGGCACCGUGCUGUACCGGAACCUGGGGAGCAUCCUCUCGCUCCAGAGGAACACCACGGUGCUGAACUCCAAAGUCAUCUCGGUGACUGUGAAGCCAUCUCCCCGCACUCUGCUCACGCCCCUGGAGCUCGAGUUCUCCCACCUGUACAAUGGAACCACCAACCAGACCUGCAUCCUGUGGGAUGAAGCCGAUGUAUCCUCCUCCUCCUCCUCCUCCCAGCUUGGUGCCUGGUCCUGGCGCGGCUGCCGAACAGUCCCAGUCGAUUCCUUCCGAACUAAAUGCCUCUGUGAGAGACUCUCUACCUUCGCCAUCUUAGCCCAGCUCAGCUCAGACAUGAAUAUGGAAAAAGUGCUGGUCCCAUCUGUCACAUUAAUCGUAGGCUGUGGAGUAUCUUCACUGACGCUUUUGCUCUUGAUUAUCAUUUACGUCUCCGUCUGGAGAUACAUCCGCUCAGAACGCUCUGUCAUUCUCAUCAACUUCUGCCUGUCCAUCAUUUCCUCCAAUGCUCUUAUUCUGAUUGGACAAACCCAGACCCGGAAUAAGGUGACAUGCACACUGGUGGCAGCUUUCCUGCAUUUCUUCUUCCUCUCCUCUUUCUGUUGGGUGCUGACAGAGGCCUGGCAAUCCUACAUGGCUGUGACGGGCAGAUUACGGAACCGCAUCAUUCGCAAGCGCUUCUUGUGUCUCGGAUGGGGGCUGCCUGCUUUGGUGGUUGCCAUUUCCGUGGGAUUUACGAAAGCCAAGGGCUAUGGCACCGUCAACUACUGCUGGCUAUCAUUAGAAGGAGGCCUUCUCUAUGCCUUCGUGGGACCAGCAGCUGCAGUCGUUUUGGUGAACAUGGUUAUUGGCAUUCUGGUUUUUAACAAACUUGUAUCCAAAGAUGGGAUAACAGAUAAGAAACUGAAGGAACGGGCAGGGGCCUCCCUUUGGAGCUCCUGCGUGGUCCUACCUCUGCUGGCGCUGACCUGGAUGUCUGCGGUUCUGGCAAUCACGGAUCGGCGGUCAGCACUCUUCCAGAUCCUCUUCGCUGUCUUUGACUCCCUGGAGGGCUUUGUCAUUGUGAUGGUUCAUUGCAUCCUGAGACGAGAGGUCCAGGAUGCAGUGAAGUGCCGAGUAGUGGACCGUCAAGAAGAGGGCAACGGAGACUCGGGGGGGUCAUUUCAGAAUGGACAUGCUCAGCUAAUGACCGAUUUUGAGAAGGAUGUGGAUAUGGCUUGUAGAUCAGUGCUGAAUAAAGACAUCACCACGUGCAGGACCUCGGCCAUCACGGGCACGCUGAAGCGCCCAUCGCUGCAGGAUGAGGAGAAGCUGAAGCUCCAUCACCAGAAGGGGUCCUCGAACUUUAACAGUCUUCCAGCCAACGUCUCUAAGAUGCACCUCCAGGGCUCCCCGCACUACCUGGGGGCCAUCAACCUGAAUGAGUUCAGCAACCACACGCUCACCCUGAAGAAGGAGAAGAACCAGCCACCCAAGUCUAUCUACAUCUGCGAUGGGGACAUCUUCAAGAAGCUGGACUCUGAGCUUUCCCGGGCGCAGGAGCAAUCCCUGGAUACCAGCUACGUCAUCUUGCCCACCAACAGUUCCUCCACCCUGCGGGCCAAGCCGCCCAAGGACGAUGGCAAAUACAGCAUCAACAUAGACCAGAUGCCCCAGACCCGGCUCAUCCACCUCAGCAUGGCAACCGACCCAGGCUUCAUCGUCAAGAGCCCACCCAGGGAGCCCAUGGCUAUGACAUGCACCGAGGUGCAGGGCUCCCCCAUGCUGCAGCAGCAGCAGCAACAGCAGCAGCAGAACAUCUGCAGCGAGUCACAGAUUCCCAACAGCCUGUGCGACCCGGGCAACUCAGGGAACUUGGGCAUGGUGCCCAAGAGCGAGACAGUCUCCACUCUCUCCAUGAGCUCCUUGGAGAGACGGAAAUCCCGGUACGCAGAGCUAGAUUUUGAGAAAAUCAUGCACACGAGAAAGCGUCACCAGGACAUGUUCCAGGACCUGAACAGGAAGCUGCAGCAUGCGGAAAAGGAGAAGGAGUCUCCGACAACGGAGAGCAAGCAAGAAAAACAGCAGACACCAAACAAGAGACCCUGGGAAGGAAUCAGGAAGGUCCACUCGCCACCAUCAUGGGUUAAAAAGGACAUGGAACCUUUAUCACAGUCUCCCUUAGAACUAAAAACUGUAGAGUGGGAGAAAACAGGUGCCACUAUUCCUCUGGUGGGACAAGACAUUAUUGACCUUCAGACAGAGGUCUGAGCAGAAAGGAAAAAAGGGACUUUUUUUUCUGGAAAAACAAACAAAACAAACAAAAUUUUAAAAGAUGAUUAAAUUCAAUUGAAACCGAGUGAGGAAGAGUGUUUGGUUUCUUUUGAAACCUUUGGUAAAAAGAAGUAACUUUUGUAUUGUUCUCAGCAGAGAGGGGGGAAUAUAACUUUAUAAAACUUAGUAGCAGUAGGUACAGAACAACGCGAUCUUCCCUGGGUAGGCCCAAAGAGGACAUGAGCCUGUAAACGUAAAAGAAGGGGGAAAGGGUGGGGAGGGUGGGGAACAAAAUCAACACAACACUUUAGUGGCGAGAGGAUGACGAGGAGCCAUCGCCAGUAUGUUGAGUCUUCCUGCUCUGGAACUGGGAGCAACGAAAGGACUCUGGGAACAAAUAUGGCGGCAGAAAGGCGAAGAGGAUUGGAGUUGUCUUGGGGGGAACAAGGAGCAGGGAUUAAUUCAGCCAGAACCCAGCCAGGAUGCUGGCUGGCCAAAGGCUCCAGGGGAAAGCUCAGCGUUGGCUGGUCUAUGAUGUCCCAUUGCAUGGUGGUGGGAGUGAGAGAGACAUGUCCUGCUCACUUCUGUCUCCCCUGGCCCAGCUUUUUGGAGAAAAAGGGAACUGGAGUUACCAAGCUGUUGCAUCCUGUGAUCAAGAAGACCACUGCACUCCAAUCUGAAAAAUUAGGUUCUCAGCCAUGGAUCUACACAAGCCAGCUCAGAGGAUGCUAUUGGGGAGAGGCCAGAUAUAAUGGUUGGAGCAUAUGGCUAGCAAGAGUGGCGUGGUGGGUAUUUCCCCCGGUCCCUCUGCAGAGGACUUCCUGAACUCUCUGAAGAGCGGAAUGUGCAGAAUGGGAAGAGACCUUCUCUUAAGUCAACAACAAACCCAUUCAUCUCGUCUCCAGAUAGAGACAUUAAAAAAACAAUAAAAAGAAUGUAGAUCAUUUCAUUGACUGUUAAAAACAAAGAGAUAAACUCAACGGGAACCUUGUGUAAAGGUUCACAUGGCCUCAUUGUCUUUUCCUUUUUUUGUUUUGUUUUGUUUUGAGAUUCGACUUAUUUCCAGCCACCUCCCCUGGAAGCCACAGUGACCUGUUUAUGUACCUGAAGAUGUUCGGUAUACGGAGAACAUUGCCGUAGGACAUUGAGACAAACUGAUAAAUGAGUAACAUACACUUGGAAAAAAAUCUAUUUUUUCUUCUUCUUUUCUUUUCUUCAAUAAAAACAAAACUUGAAACCCGAGACCUUUCCUUUCUUUGGCUUUUGUCAUUUCAAAUAUCUUUCCGUAGCUUGGUUCCAUGCACAUGUGGGGCAAGGAUGUCACUUUCCAAACAUUGAGUGGGGAGUCCGCUGUGGAAUGAUUGGGAUGGUGAGGAACACUCAGGCCCUUGUGUGCAGUAGGUUGGAAUGUUUUGUUUUAUUGUAUUCAAGUCACUGGCUGGUUGUUCUCCUUACACUCCACCCUGUCUUCACUACUUCACAGAGCUGGGAUACAGGUUUCUGGUGCUAGUGGAAGGAAAGGAAAUAGGUAGAGCUGGACACAAAAGGGGACUUUUUUCAUCAAAAAUUGUGCAUCAAUGUUUUUUUCAUGAAAAAUUUUCCUCAAUCUUUUCAUGAAAAAAGUUCAUUAAUAUUUUUACACACAAAAAAGUCGAAUGGUUUUUGCACAAUACAUUUUUGUCCCCCCAAAAAGUUGUUCACUUUUUUUAUCUGAACAUUUUAAACAAAAUAAUUUCCAUCAGCGUUUUUCCAUGAUCAAAUGUUGUUGUUUUUUUUAUGAAGGACUUUAAUCAGAAGUCCUCACGUAACAUCAUUUUCACCAAUUCUUUUUCACCACAUUUGUUUCACCAAAAAUUUUCAUCUCACUUUUGAUCAAUUUCCACCAACUCUAGAAAUGGCUAUCGCUAAGCACCUAAUUGUGAAACAUCACUUUGAGCCAAAACAGAAGCUAAUCUAGAUCAGGGUUUGAUUUAUGUGUGUGUGUGUGUUUCUUUUUUUAGGAAAAAGCUAAAGACGGGAACAAGAUUUAAAACAAUCAAUGAAAUCAAAUUGUGCUCCCCCCGCCAACAGCGGUUGCUUGAUAUGCAAGCAUUUUUAAAAUUUAAUUUCAGGCCACAUGGUUUAGUUUUUUUAAAGUAUAAUGGCAUUUAUCUUGUCAUUAGCUGUAUAAUAUUAAAAAUAAAAUAAAAUUUUAAAAAAAUUAGAAAAUCCAAAUAGUAAAAAAAAUUACUUAUAAAAACUGUGAUGUAAUUGUCAGAUUUUAGAUUAUUCUAUGAAACAGGAAAGCACAAAGGCCUCUCAUAAAUGCCGGGUUGUAGAAUAUUGUCAUUAUUAUAAUUACACAUAAUGAUUUUAGCAUACAAGUAUCUUUCUACUGUGUUUUAAUUCUUUUUUCCCCUUCGCUACCCAACCAAUCUCCCCUCCCUCCUCUUCCAAACCUUUCCCACCUGCUCCUCUCAUCCCAGCCAAGCUGCGGGACAUUAACAGUGUUAUGUAAUUACAGAGAUAAAUGUUUGUUUAAAAACUGUUGAUAUUCUACUUUUUCUGCUGAGUUUCUCUGGUUAAUACUGUUUUCUCCUCACCCUUCUCUGCCCCUCCCAUUUUCACCUCCCUUAUUUCUGUGUUCGUCAGUUUUUUCUGUACAGUUUUCAGAGCACAAAUGAAUGUGUCUUAUUUCUAAUAAAAAACGUAUAAACUCUA